UUUUUUUUUUUAAAGGAAAAUAUUUGGGAAAAAGAUUCCAGGAUUUCCCUGGUUGUUCAGUGGAUUAAAGAUCUGGUGUUGACACUGCUGUGGUGUGGGUUCAUUCCCUGGCUCAGGAACUUCUGCAUGCCAUGGAUGUGGCCAAAAUAGAAAAAUUCCAGAGAUUUUAAGAUAUAUGGGAGGAUGUGUGUUGGUUAUGUUUUAUAUAAGGAACUUGAGCGUCUGGAUUUUGGUAUCUGUUAGGUCCUGGAUCCAACCCUCCACCAUGAAUACCGAGGGAUGGCUGUAUACAUGUUAUCAUUCCCAGAGUGGGGAGUGGAAGGAGCUCUAAAACACAGGAUAGAAUUGUACAUGUGUGUGGUCCAUAAAAAGGAGUUUUAAUAACCUGGUUAGAUGCUAAUUGAUUCACAAUUCUGCUGCCAGCUAACUGAUACUCUAGGAAAAAUUGGUGUCCAUGGUGUGCCUUGUUCAUGCCAUCAUUCUGUUGCUACUACCACUGUUGUGCUAAAAGGUUUGACCUCCUUUUAAUUGCUCUUAAACUCCAAUACUCUCGUAGAUGCCUCAGGCCAAAUGAUGAGCCUCACAGCAAUCAGGAUACAUUUUUUCAGGAGAAAAAAACAGAAUUGGCUGCUGAAGGAGGUAGCUGGAUGGCUCUCUUGUUACAGGGAGUGUUGAGGAGAAGCAGCUGGAGCUGCAGUGUUUCACAAGGAUUCAGUGGCCCUGGAGUGGUUGGACUUGAUGAUUUAUCUUUAUGUCUCUCUUAAUUCGGAGCAUGAUUGAUUUUUUUUUCUUGAGUGUGUUCGGCCACACUUGAUUCUUAAUGAUCAGUUUGAAAUUUUGUGUUAAUUUUUAAAAUAUAUUUUGUAACACAAGAGGAUUUGAUAUUGUAAAUAGUCUAAAUGUCAUCUGUUAGGAUGUCUUCAGCUGCAAGUAAUAGAACAACCAGCCCAAACUGAUUAAAUAAUGAAAAGCUUUACUAGCUUCUCUAAUAGGAGAUGUUUGUAAAAGGGAGGAUGGGCUUCAGGGGUGGUUGAUCUAGCAUAACAGAGGCAUACUCAAAGACCUGGGUUUUUUCUCUCUGCUUUACCAUUCAUGGGGUUUACUUCAUCUCAAGGCAGAGUUCUGCUGAUGUUAUAGGUAGUUGUCAGCAUUCACAAUUGUACAUGACCUUGUGCUGGGAGGAAGAGAGGAAGAGAAGCUUGUUGCUCUAAGGGUAAGAGGGUAUUUCCCAGGGCCUUCAGCAGAUCUCACCUCCGAGCCAGAAUUGGGCUCUUGCUGGUCAGCCCAUUCUAGGAACAAAGGGUGAGGUCAGCAUCCUGAAAUGCAUGGUAGCUGGGGAGAGGGAGAUACUGAAGGGAACUGGGGCUCCAUUGAGGAGGAAGAGGGGAAGGCAACCUAUAAUAUCCACUCUAGUCUUUUGGUUAUAAUGCUACUCUUUUGAUGUCUAUUAUGCCAUCAGUAUUUUGUGUUACACUUAUUUUUUACGUGGGUCAUAUCAGGUGUCUUGCUUUUUUUUCUGAGUGGUGUGACCUCUGCUUUAAAAUGACAGAGUAAAGCCAAAUUUCAAAAUAUCCUUCCUUUUAGACUUAAUGAUAUGAACAGCAAAUGGAUUAAAACUACCCAAAAUAUACCAACAGCAAAUUCAAAGAACACAGCUGAUGGUCAGUGAGAGAAAUGAAAGUUUCCAAAAAUUCAGAGUUUUGGCUUCAGAGGCAUUCUAACCCCUCACUGUGCAGAGGCUCUAGGAGAGAAGAGAACAGUGAGCAAAAUUCUGUAAAAUCCCUAAGGUGUGUGGCAGGAGAGUGGGUGGGUACUGCAGUGCUGGCUGUCCCUGAAUGUUUCUCUCAUGUGACAAAGAAAAGAUAACGGGAGAUCAUUCUUUUGGUAUGUCCAGGCUGGGAAAGACGUAGAGAAGAAAGGCAGAAUGACGGUAAACCCCGGAGCUGAUUAUCUUCAUCAGUUAACUGGGAGUCAGCAGAACACCUGACAAAAGCAGGUUUCUGGAGAACAGGGAGUGGAUGAAGGGGCACAUGGUGAGCCCCAGGUGACUGAGAACUCCCUUAUCUCUCACUCAUGGCUGAGUGGGGGUGGGUAGUGAAUUUGCAGGAAAGGGAAUGAUUCCCAAGGAACAACUUGGGCUGACUCUCUGUGAUGGAAAUGAAAUCUCACAAGGAUGGAGGGAGUUGCAGAAUGUCAGGGAAGGAGAGACUAUAUCCCUUGGAGAAGAGAGCAGUAAGGCUGCUUAAAGCCUUAGCCCCAGGUGAGCUGGAUCCCUUUUUCCUUUAACACUCUCCACGAAUCUCUCUCCUCAUAGCACACCUGCGCAAAGCUGCUGGGAUGUAGCUGGGAGGGGAAGGGUUCCCCUAGAUUACACAGUAGCACCUACAGAGAUGCUACAUAGAACAUCCUGGGAAGAACAUCCUGAGCCAAUGAGAAGACACAGGCCUCUGCACACACAGCAAGGUGGAGAGAAAGGCACAGUGCUCACUGAAGAAAGAUGCAGUCUGUUCUGCAAGAAAUAAUAAUUUCCCUUCAAAAAAGAAGAGAAUUCCUGCCUGAGCUAUUAAAAACCCAAGUUUCAUAGAACAUAGGCUUAGAAAUGGCGAUGAUAAUAAAAUAACAGAAUGAGGUGGAAAAGGAAGAAAACGGGGCCAAGGAGACUCAGAGAGAACGAAUUUGCAGAACAAACAGAUUAGAAGCAGCUAGGAACAGAAUGGUCAUGGCUGAAAAAUUAACUUACUGACAGAGCACUAUCUUGAGAUAUUCCGUGAGUGAAGAAGAAAAAGAAGCAAAGAUUGAAACAGGUGAAAAUGGUAGGUGUGGUAUUGGACUUCCUGGAGGCAGAGCUGAGGUAGAAGAAUGGGCCUUCCGUUUUUUGUUCAAGUUCCUCUUGGAAUUAGGUUUUUGGUGGCAGAGGAUUUAAUACUUUAGACAGCACUCAUUUGGAAAUGUGUAAGCAUUGACAAAUGGUGAAAAUGACUGUUCAUGUUCUUCACAGAAGAAUACCAAUGAGAUGAAAGAUUUAUUUAUAGCCUGAGAGACCAGGAAAAUUCCCCUUUGAAGCAAUUUGUUUCCUGGCAGUGAUAACUGAAAGCCUCCCUCCCCCACCAUGUCAUGAUUUUCUGUGCUUUGCAAGAACUGGUCUUUUGCUAAAUGUAAAUACUGACUUGCGAUCUCAGGGCAAGCUGCUUUUCUUACAGCCAGAACCUACAUUGUAGGACAGGUUCUACGGAGAAAAAAAGAAUUAUUUUGUUCUCUCAGACAUCUGUGGUUAAUCAUUGACAUUUUCUACUUAAAAAAAAAAAAAAGUCUCUCAAGUCCAGGUGAUAGGUUAGCAUGAAAGAAGAGCAAACAGAUCCACUAACAUUUACUUUAGUUGACUAGAAAACUGAACUUUCAUUCCUGGCAUGCCAGCAAGUAUGGUUUAGAAUCUUUACAUUGCAAAUUGCUGUGGGGAGUGAACCAUAGAGCAGAAACUGGUUGCUGGAAUGGACUUGUCAUGAAUUAUUCAUUCACUACCUAGUUCCUAGGAAAUCAGCUGGAGGAAGUAGUUAGUCCAGUUUGAUCAUGGGAGUGGCAUUCAGAGAGUUCCAGCAAGCCCUUGCAAGUCCAGCGACGGUGUGCUUCUGCUGGGUGCUGGAAGGCAGCAGCUGCUCUGCUUUGCAGGCAGAACCCAGGAGCAUGCUGCUGGGGGACAGCUGCACUGAGGACUCCCUGAUGCUUCUUGCCGGAAAAUGAAGCUUCAGAAUGAGAAGACUUUGGGACAUUCCAUGAGUCAUUCAAGUAACAUUUCUAAGGCUGGGGGUUCCUCGGUGGCAUCUGCUCCAGUGUCAGCCUUCUCUCGCACCUCUGUCACGCCCUCCAAUCAGGACAUCUGCAGUUCCAGUGCAGUGUUUUCUGAGUGUUGUCACCACAGUCCCGUGCAGUCUGCUGUUGUCUUGAAAGCUCCUCCAUGCCAGAGUUCUCUGACGCAAGGGCUCACUGUGACAGUUGUCUGUCAAGAUGCAGUACAGGUGUCAAAGAGAAAUUCCUGUGGUUCAGAGUGGGCCCAGGCCUUGAAGCCUGCUAAGAAUACCAAAGCCAGAAGGACACUGAAGUUCUCAAAAUCCCUAAACGAUGUGGGUGAGAAGGCCCAGGACACUUUGGAAAGUUUUGACUAUGUGGAGAGAACUUGCUCUGAAGGGAAGCUGGUGCUCCCUCAAGACCCGUGUCUCAGAGGUAACAGGUUCCACCAGAAAGAGAAAAGAACGCUGAAUCACAAACCUUUUGGCAAUUCCAAACGUUCAUGUGUUUCAUCCCUUUCUGCCAACUGUUCAGUGGCAUCAGAGGUGGGCGCUGGCAAGGCGGGCUUACACAUCCCUCUGCUAGACGAGAAGGCGGAUGGCGAGGCCGCAUCCAGAAGUCGGCGGCUGCUCCGGUACCUGCUCUCGCUCUCUCACGGUUCGAGCACCAGCAGCCUGCACCGGUUCCACGAGCUGCAGAGCUGCGCCCCUGGCCUGCACCCCGCCAAGUCGUCCAGCGGGCUGGCGGGGAGUGCGGGCUUCUGCUCCGACGACAUGGGCGACGACGAUGUCUUUGAGGACAGCAUGUCUGCAAAACUGAAGAGCAAGGUCCUGCGGGCACCCCUCUGCUCAGUGGAGAAGGACAGUGACCUGGACUGUCCUUCCCCUCUGUCUGAAAAGUACCCCCCCAUCUCUCCUGUGUCCACGUCAGGGGACGCUUGCAGAAGCCCCUCUCACAGAAACAAACAGCUGAGAGCCUGGCCUGGGCCAGAUCCCAGCUUCUUUUCAGGCCAGGUGUCCCCACCUGCUCUUCAGCUGCUGGAAGAGACCCUUCUGUUUCUUAAAAGUCUGUUAAGUUCCUUGAGGAUCUGUCACUGUGAAGGGGAUGAUGAGAGCCCUCUGAUCACCCCAUGCCACUGCACGGGGAGCCUCCAUUUCGUGCACCAGGCCUGCCUGCAGCAGUGGAUCAAGAGCUCCGACACGCGCUGCUGUGAGCUGUGCAAGUUCGAGUUCAUCAUGGAGACCAAGCAGAAGCCUCUGAGAAAGUGGGAGAUGCUGCAGAUGACAGCCAGAGAGCGCCGGAGGAUCAUGUGCUCAGUGACGUUCCAUGUCAUCGCCAUCACCUGUGUGGUCUGGUCCUUGUAUGUGCUCAUCGAUCGCACUGCUGAGGAGAUCAAGCAGGGGCAGGCAACAGGAAUCCUAGAGUGGCCCUUUUGGACUAAAUUGGUGGUUGUGGCCAUCGGCUUUACUGGUGGACUUCUUUUUAUGUAUGUUCAGUGCAAAGUGUAUGUACAAUUAUGGAAGAGACUCAAGGCUUAUAACAGAGUAAUCUAUGUUCAAAAUUGUCCAGAAACAAGCAAAAAGAAUAUUUUUGAAAAAUCUGCACUAACAGAGCCCAACUUUGAAAAUAAAGAUGGACGUGGAAUCUGUCAUUCCGACACAAACUCUUCUUGUUGCACAGAACCUGAAGACACUGGAGCAGAGAUUGUUCACGUCUGACUGUGUGGAGGGUGUAGUUCUCCUGGACAUCCAUGGACAGCUGAAGGAUAUUGUUUACUGCCAAUCAUGUACCUUUUCUUAUGAACUUUAAUAGCAUAGACUGGGCAGGGGACUAUUUUUAAUGGCUUCUCUUCUUUGAAACCCUCCUUAGUGACUCUCCUGGAAAACCCUCACGUCAGCCAUGCACGGCUGGCUGCCAGCAUGGCUGCGGGAAGGGAACGUGGAGAACCCUGUGACACCGUGCUGGAGGCUAGCUGUGUCCUGGCCUGUAGUGUGAGCAGCGUGAGCGAGUAAGAUACCAAACUAAGGGAGGAGCAGGAGCAGGUGGCGCCUGGGCCCCGGAGCAGAGUAUUGGGCACAUCUGGCCGUGAGGAGAGGCCACCCCCUCACUAAGGAGAGCCCUGGGAGGCCACCACUGACACUUCCUGAGUGGACGGGGUUGUGGUGCUCUGUGUGUGCCGAUUCACUAAGCAAACAGCACUUUACAAAAAGAGAGUCUUUAUUUUGUAAUAAGUGUGUCCCAUGAGGUUGACACAGAAGAGAACAUCUCACGUAGAAACCUUCCCUUCAUGACCCCAAUGAUCUCUUUCACAUUGUAAUAGAUCUGAAGCCCUUUUUGCCUUAUAUAUGCUAAGAAACAUGACAUCCAUUCCGUGUCCAUUGCAAGGGACUUGUAACUAUAAAGCAGGACAAACAGAUCUGAGGCUUUUUCAUUAACAUUUCAUGGGAAUUAAUGGAGACUAAAGGGCAACUUGAGCGUAAUGCCUAUGGCCUGUUUUAUGCCUAGUCUUUGUGUCAUAGGCCUGCCCUGAACAUUCCUUUUUGGUCAGCCCUGAAGAGGAAGGGUUCAUGAGAUCUAAAUGAAAGGCAAGGAAGUGAGUGACUAGAACAAAACUGAAUAUUUAAAAACUAUUCCUUUACAGACAAAUCUCUCUGGUUUGUGCUGGCUCCACGCUGAAGGGGUAAGCUUGCAUCCCCCGGGUUGGGGCUCCUGGGUGCUUGCCACUCGGCCAGCCCCUGCUCCUGGCAGAUUCUGUGGAUCACUGCCUAGGGCCGAGAGGCAGAGGGGCUGGCUCCAGGGCGCGGGCCAGAAGUGAGCAGCACACUGUUGGGGUCCACUGUGUUCCUGCCCCAGUCACACCUCCGCCCAUUAUCGCCUUAACUGGACUGAACAGAGAGGAUACUUUGGGGCCCCUGGCCCUGCCAUCAGUCCAUUCUGUCAUCAGGGAUUAUCUCCUGUACCAUUUUUCACAAAACCAAAAUCACUACCAUCGAAUGGCCUUUUUCCCUUCAACGAGUAUGCUAAAAAUUCUGUUUUUAAAGACCAGUUUCAUCCUACCAGGCACAUGAGUCAACUCCAGGAAGACGGUGGGCGGGGGUCUGCAGUAUAACAUGAGUGUGGGGGGUGCUUCCUCUCCAGGCGGUGAGGUGCUCGGGGCUCCAGCCCUCAGUCCUCUGAGCCACAGGUGAUUCAUCUGCCCUGUUAAGAGGAUGAAGCAAACACAAGAUGAUUCCUUGCCUUUCAGAGUGGAAGCCCCCUGGUUUGUUUUGAAAGCCAGGUGGAGGGUCUUAAGCUCUGGAGGAGGGCUUUACCCUGCCAUGGCUUCUCUGGCCAGGCAGGUCCUGUCCAGCCACAGCUGAUCCCUGGAAAUAGGCCAGCGUGCCCUGUCUGUCUCCCAGGCCACAUCCAGCCCUUGCCUGUGCUCACUGUGCCCCAAAGUGCAAUUAGCUACACCCCUUCUGAGCCUGGGGACACCGAGCAGCUACAGACUGUCCACUCAGGAGAGCUCAAUUCCAGGUCAGCCCCACCUGGGGGAUCUGCCCAGGCAAGGUCCCUUGUCCCUGCCCACUUCUCACGGAGGAUGAGUGGUCAGGGAAAGACGGAUAGAUUUUUUUAAGUGGGAAUCCUUCCCUUCCCCCCAGCGGAACCCCUUGAUGCUGGGCUUGAAAAGCACCGAGGCUUCCUGUAGAGAGGAAAGUGUGCAUGGGUGCGGCUGGCUCCUGGGCUGCCCACUCGCUGUGGCUGGCGCCACCUGUGGCAGAGGUGCCUUUAUAACCAUGACUGUUGUGUUGAUCCCAUGCCCAGCCAGACUCUCACGGAAAACCCUCACCUCUUUUCAAGAAGAACCUAUACCAUCUCAUCACCUCUGGCACAACUCCUGAAAGUGUCUGCCUGUGGACAGUCUGUCCUGUGACCUUCUCUUCUUUCCUGGGAUGGUACAUGGCUACUCCCUUGCCUUUCUCAUUUCUCAAAGGUGCUGUGGAGCACCUCUGACCCCAUACUUAGUUCCAGAGCUAAUCUCUCCUGCACAGGGACUAACAGGGAAGUGCGAAGCCCUGGUGAGGUUGUGCUGUGCUGUCCUCUAGCGGGGGCUGAGGCUCUGCUAGGCCUUCCUUUAAUCUGCGUGAAUUUGCCCUCUAGGUUUUUUGCGGGAUUGAUUAUUCCCCAUUUUCUCCUCAUUUUACGCCUGGCUUUAGUGGGAAGCUGGCACUUGGCUGGACCAUGUAGAAAUGUGGGAUGAGCUUGCAGGUCUCAGGGAGGGUCAGGAGGGCUGGUAUUUGUGGAAAGGGAAGGAGGAGGCCAGGAGGAGAGGGAAACAGCUCUGGGGUGUCACCAACCAGCCAUCUCUGAUUUGGCCUCUGCCACCCCUCAGAUUACAGUUCAGCUGAAGGGCUCUUGUGCCCGAGUUUGUUUAAGAUUCUCCUGAAAACUGAAGAAGGUCUUUUCCUACUUUAGGCCUCUAAUGUCUCUUCUUUUUCAGUCCACUCUUUUCAAUGUUAUGGGUCCAGUUUCCAGACCUGCGGGUAUACCCUGCCUGGCUGCAGACAUACUGGCCCCAAGCAGGGUGGUUCAAGAGCCUUAGGUAAUGCCUGAAAGGGUUCAAGCUGCCCCUGCCGCCUGGUGGCCCAGCUGUAGAGCUGUAGAGCCCAGCAGGGUAAAGAUCCACCAUGCUAUGGAUCUAGCCUCAUGCAGAUACACUUUUGAGAUACUUUUCCUCUUGAUUUGAAAUAUUCAGCUUCCUAAGGAAAGACUGAAGCAUAAGGAGAUAAAAGAAUUUGUCUUUGUUUUGCAGCGCAUCACCUAUUUAGAUGCAAUGUUUAUAGAAAGUUGAUUGUUAAUAAAGACCAAAUUUACACUGGCAUGUGUGGUGUAGUUUCUAAAAAGCACCUCACAUUUGAAGUUUUUCUUAACUUAGAAAAUUUCUAGGUGAUUAAAUGUCUAGUUUUGUAUCCUUUUGUGUAUCUUCACUGUUUCUCAGUAUUAUUGCUUGAAUAAUUCUGUUUGUGCUAUACACAUAAGUGUCUACAGCAAUAAAACAUUUCUUUAAAAAGG